UCGUUAACUCUAGAAAUGAUUUUAGUUAAGCUGUGAAUUUCAACUUGAUCACAUCACGAGGCUUUUCGACGUUGCUCAGUAGAUUUUAUUAAUUUUUUUUUUUAGUUUUGAUUAAGUUAACCUUUUGCUCUUCCGUGAAUAUUGCGAACAAAAUUUAAAAUGAGAUUACCAUUGAUAUUGGCGGUUUCGGUCAUUUUAUUGGUUUUUCAAUGUGAAAACGCAAAUUGUCAAGAAGCUGGUGUUGAUGAGCCAACAACAAAAAAACCUGGUUUCUUUAGUCGUUUAUUUGGCAAAGGUGGUUCUUCAUCAACUACGACUAGUACUACUACGACUACAACAACCACUCCUAGAAAUAAUCCAGCUGCAGUUCCUACUCCUGCUCGGCAACCUGCAAACCGUGUGCAACCAAGUCCAUACAAUCCCCUCGUAAAUCCUAAUUUGGGACCAGGUAUGCUUCCAAACUAUCCAAAACCUCAUCAACAGCCCUCUGGGCUUAGUUUGAGCUAUGAUCCCACACCACCUCCAAGAGGAGUGCAUUCAGGUGGUUCUAAGACACCUCUAGCUCCAAUGGCAACACCUCCAAUCAGUCCAACUCCAGCUGUAGCACUUGCCCCUGUACCGACUUCGACUACAACAACAACAACUACGAGCACAACAACAACCAUGAAGCCAAAACAAAUUAUUCCUCAAGCUCCUUUAACUAAACCUGAAAGCUUCUCUGAUUUUGAGGAUCCAAAGAAGUCAAUUAUGCCAACACCGUCAUCCACUACUACUAGAAAACCGACAACAGUUAAAGAGGAUUUCCCAGCUCUUCCAGCUCCUCGAAGACCUUCGAUUAAAGAAGACUUCCCUGCACUACCUUCCAAACCAUCCUCACCCGUACCUGUCAGUCCUACACCCACGUCUCCUUCUGCAUGGGGUUCUACUCCUCCAGCCAAUGGAAAUCGUGUCUCGUUUGUUCCUCAUGUUCCUGGCAGCACAUCAACUGUAUCCCCUGGUUCAGCCACCACUGAAAAAUCUCUAGCGACAGAUGAUGAAAUUCGACAGCUUUCUGAGACCCUUUACCAAAAAGAAACUAACUCUCAACUAAGUCAGAUAACUGUAAACAUUCAAGGAAAGACACGUUCCAUAGAUACCAGUGACGAAGCUCCUCAACCUCUACUUCAAGUCGAUGAGAAGGCUCUUCAGCCACCAACCAUUGCCAAGAUGCGGGAUCUAUUUAACAACUAUGAAAUCGAUACUUCCAUAAAUGAAUAUGUUACUCCCAUUGAGAGGAAAGAAGAAAAUGACUUUGUUGAUGCAAUCAUGGCUACCAAUGUUAUGCGUCAAGCAAUGUUAUUCCUACAAAACAAAGGAAUUGUAUCACCCGAUCCAAAAACCCACCGGGACCUUGUGAAAUCUCUCUGGUUUACACUUUAUUCACGAGGACAGGGAAAAAUUGGAAGUUCUGGAUUCGAGCAUGUUUUUGUGAAUGAAGUCAAGAACGGCACAAUCAUUGGUCUACAUAAUUGGGUUUAUUUUAAUGAAGAGGAGAAAGCUGGUCGUAUCGACUACAAGGGGUACCUUAAAAAGCUUGAUUUGGGAAAUAAAGGAAUGGUAGUCAAGACUCGUUUCACCCAUAAUGGUCUUAACAAACCUGUAAACACCUUAUUUAUUGGAACAAGUCCUGAACUGGAAAUUGCCUUGUAUACUGUUUGUUUUGAACUGAGAGCUGAUAAGUUGUGUCCAGUUUCAUUGGGCGGAAACCCGUUUAGCAUCCAAACUUACUCUUGGAGAUAUCGUGGCAAGAAUUUGAUUGGUUCUGCCUAUCCUGAAAUUUGAAUGUAACUCAAAUAAAAAAAUAUUUUUUUGACAGAAAAA